AACCACUACCAAUACAUUGCCGACCGUCACAGCGACCGCACAUACAAAUAAAUAAUUUGGAGCUUUUUUUAAUAAAAGUUGUGUCAGUGAUUAAAUCGUCCCUACAAAGUUUCGUAACAGGACCUUAUAUCAAGAUGAAGGUCAUACUAUUUUGCUUGGCCUUUGCCGCUGUGACUCUGGCAAUGCCAGUAGCUGAAGAAAAACCUGAGGUGCCUGCAGCAAUCCCAAUUGCUGCCGAGAAGGCCGUCGAAGAAAAAUCUGCUCCCGUUGAAGAAAAGAAACCUGAAGAAACACCUGCUGUAAAGGAACCUGAAGCUAAAAGCGCCCCAGUAGACGCUCAACCCGAAGUUAAGGCUGAGGCACCUGCACCUGUUGCGGAAGCUAAAGCUGUAGAAGUACCAGAAGCAAAGUCUGCUGAUCUUCCAGCUGAAGUUAAACCUGAAACCAAAGAAGUGGCAGAGCCCAAACCAGAAGAGAAAGCAGCUGAGCCUGAAGCUAAGGCUGUUGAAGAACCUAAAGAAGUACCUGCUACCGUGAACGAGGUCCCUAAGGAUAUCUCUGCUAAGUCCGCGCCAGUUGCCGAGCCAGCCAUCGACAUUGUAAAAGCCGCAAACUCCGAUGCCGCCAUUGCUGACGAUGUUAUCCAGCAUGAUGUCCUUACUGCCAUCAAGGAAAAGAAGAUUGACCUGCCAGUAGCCCCUGCUGCCGAUGUUGUACCAGAACCUGAGCUGAAGAAAAUCGAAGAAGCGAAGCCGGAAGAGGUUAAAAUUGAGGCUAAGUCUGAUGAAACUGUUCCUGAAGCCGCACCUGUCGCAGCCAAGACCGAAUCGACUGCAGCUGCUCCAUCAGAAGAUAGCUUACGUGUUGUCCGUGAUACUGUAGACGACAAAGCUAAAGCCGCCAAAGAGGACGAAAUCCCAAAAGAAUCAGAGAAGAAGGAAGAGAUCAAGCCCGUUGAGCCUAAGUCAAUCGAAGCCGCUGAAGCACCCGCACCCGUAGAUGAGGCUAAGCCUGUCGUUGUUGAAGCCAAGUCUGCCCCUGUGGAGGAGAAGGUUGCACCUGUAGAAGAAAAACCUGAGCCUGUAAAGGAGAAUGCCGCCCCUGUUGAGGCGAAGGCUGCCCCCGUAGAGGAGAAAGCUGCCCCCGUAGAGGAGAAGGCUGCCUCCGUUGAGGAGAAGGCUGCCCCUGUAGAGGCCAAGGCUGCCCCUGCUGAGGAGAAAGCUGCCCCCGUCGAGGCCAAAGCUGCCGUAGAAGAAUCAAAGCCUGAAAACAAAGAACCCGCAUCUGAAAAGAGCGCACCUGCUGCCGACAAAACCGAAUUGCCUUCUGGUGAUGCCCCAGCCAGCUCUAGCAGUUCUGAAGAGAGCGCAGAGAGUGGAGAAACAAAAAGCGUAGAGAACGUGUCAUCUGAGGAGAGCACAGAGAAGCCGAAGCCUGUUGCUGAGUCUUAGAUAAGUAGUGAGUAAGGUGGCGUGCGGCGGCGGGCGUGUGUCGACCUCCCUCGACACGCGCCCCCCGCCCGGCGGCCCGCCCCGCCCCGCUGUGCGAUGCGUGUGAGUGUGUGCGACCGACGCAUUGCGUCAAUAUCUCCGACUAUUCAUUAGACCUAGAGACUAUUUAAAUAGCCGAACCGAAAAAUUACCUACGUUGUAAUUAUUAUUUGUCAAAGUAAAUUAUCGAAUUUCCGGUACUAUAAGUAAUUAAAUAUGUUUUUAUAAUAA